CAAUUUGGCGCGUUUGUCUAAACAAAUAUAUCAUCGCGACAUUUCAUGACUGCGAUGACCUGCAAACUGAGUGGCUUGUUCAGCAUUGGCGAGGAUUUUGAUGAUGAGGACCUGCUCGGGACAGACUGGACCCCCAGCUCAGGCUCUGGACCAGCCAAAGUGGCAGCUGCUGUGUCGUCCUGCGCUCUGCGGGCUUCCUCUGUGGCUCACAGAGAGCCGGAGAACAUUCGCCAUCAGCAAACCGAGGAGAAACUGGCAACCGUGUGUAAUGGCACGGCUUCAGGGAGUGCGCAAACUGUUGCGUUGGGUUUGAGACGGCUCUCCUCUUCCUCCCCUCCUCUGCCUACACUCGGUAACUCUCAGCCAAACUUGGCACCACAACAGAGCCAUGCCAACAGUAAGGGGCUGAUGAAUUCCUGCGUGGCUCUGGAUGAUUUUGAUGAUUGGGAUGUUGACCUGGCAGACUUGGAUGAGUGCGACAGCCAAAUAGGCCAACUGCAGAAACAUGCUGCUUCUGCUCCACCUGCACCAGCAGCUGAGCCUCCAUCUUCAGCCAAAACACUGCGACCCUCAGCUUAUGGAGGAAGUCAGUCAGUUCCUAAUCAGACCCUCGGGGAGCUCAGAACUGCAUGCAACACUUCUAGCACGUCUGGUUAUAGCACAGCUCUUCGGAGCCCCUUUGUCGCACAUCUACAAUCUUUAAAUCCACGUCCUGCUUUGACCACACGUCCACAGACGUCUACUGGUUUUCCCAGCUUUUCUGUGUCCUCUCCUGCCCUCAGCAGCUUCUCCAGCACCUUAAACAGCCCUCAGCAGCCACACAAACAGUGGAUGACUCCUCAAGCCUCUGCUCAGGCUCGCAGACCUUUUGAAACGGUCUCCUCAGCUGCCUCUCCAUCGACGAACACCUCCACUCUGAGCCCUCAUCCCCUGCACACACCGGUCCUCACCAACCGCCUGGUUCAGCUGGUGUCUGCCUCCAAUAAGCUGCCUCGGAAGAGACCUCGCUCUGAGGCUCACCUGCCCAGGACGAGACGCUUCCCCGGCCCUGCGGGACUCCUGCCGCAGCAGCCUCAGGUUCAGAACCUGGACGAAAUCGUAGUUUCUGUUCCUCAGACUCCCGCUCACGGAGCUGUGGCUCGUCUGCCAAGUCAGGGUUCCAGCUCACAGACGGAGGAAGAAGAGUUCAGCGGUGGAGCCUGGGCAGCGAUGAAGGCAGAGAUGGGCCUGGAUGAGAGGAAUCCGGCGUGCUUCUUGCACACCUGCAGCGUGGUCAUGGUGCUGCGCAGGGCUGCACUGAAACAGCUGCCGAGAAACAAAGUGCCCAACAUGGCCGUACUCCUGAAGAGCAUCGUCCACACCAACACCGACGCCAAAGCUGUGUUCAAAGACCCAACAGGGGAGAUUCAGGGGACUGUGCAUCGGCGUCUCUUGGAGGAGAGAGCCGACGAGCUGAAGGUUGGAGCCGUGCUGCUGCUCAAACAGGUGGGAGUGUUUUCUCCUUCCCAUCGUAACCACUACCUGAACGUGACGCCCAACAACCUUCUGAGGAUCUACGCUCCUGAUGGAGUCGGCUUGUUGUCCACGCCGCUCCCUCCUCUUCUCCUGGAGCCGAUGAUGUCAUCACCUGCUAGGGAGCCCAGCGUCCUCCAGGGGCCCGUGUCUGCGAUGCAGCUGGAGUUUGAUGAAGAGGAUGAGGAGGGGGAUAAAGGAAGAGGACGCACGGAACGAGCUGGAGUCCCUCAGGAGCAAACACACACAGAGGAAAACAAAUCGGUUCGCUCCAGCAGAGCCCCCCCGAAGAGCGCCGAGAAUCCAGCUCCACAGGACCCAGACUGGGAUGCAGAUGAUAACCUGGACGAGCUGCUGGGAGAGUUACCUGAGGACACCUACAGCUUCUGAUAUCAUCUUUACAUCAAACCUGUAGAAAGCUCUCCUCUGGAAAAACUAUUGUUCUCCUGACAUCACCUCUGUAAAGUCCCCUUCUGAAGAACUUGUAAAAUACAUGUAAAUUUUGUGUUAAAGUGUACUUUUUGCUAGAAAGUACUGUGUUCAAAACCCAUAAAUACAGUCUAAUGCUUUACUGGCUGGUGUCAGUCGGCAGUGAGACAUUUUGUGACUGAUUUUGUUUUUUCAUUUUCCAUUCAUUCAAAUUUGCUGCUCCAACCUUGAACUCUUUACAAAACUUAAUUAUGCAACAUUAAAG